AUGAGCUGUCUCCUUUCAGGCUUCUCCUACUAUGCUAAGGCUACCUCCCUUACGCCAGAAUACUACCAGCUCUUGCUGGACCAUUACUGGAGGCGGUCCGGGACGACCCUAUAUCGGCCGGAUCAACUCCAUGCGUGCUGCGUCCAUUAUACUCUCCGGCUGGACUCCACCCAGUUCAAGCCGUCCCGAGAUCAGCGCCAAACCGUGAAUCGUUUUAACAAGUAUGUGACCGGUGAGGCUUAUGCUACGGAAGCGGCCCGUCUCCACCCUCGGUCACGCGAGCAGGCCAAGAAGCGGGAUUCCGAGUUUGACCUGAUCGAGAGGAUCCAUGAAGCGGAGUCCGAGACCCUGCAGGUACCGCCCGAGCCUGCCCACAAUUUCACCGUGACAUUGGAAGACGAUGAAUUCACGGAGGAGAAGUACCUCGUUUACGAGAACUAUCAGCGCGUCGUUCACAAGGAGGAUCCAGCAGAUAUCACUCGGCGAGGGUUCAGGCGCUUCUUGUGCGAAUCACCCGUCCAACGCAAGACUAUCAAGACAGCAGACGGCAAGGAGCAAAAACUAGGUUCCUUCCAUCAAUGCUAUCGGUUAGAUGGCAAAUUGGUGGCAAUCGGUGUUUUGGAUCUACUUCCUCACUGCGUCAGCGCCGUGUAUUUUCUUUACCAUGAAUCCAUCCACAAACAUGCUCCCGGGAAGCUAGGAGCUAUUCGUGAGAUUGCCUUGGCACGAGAAGACGGAUACCGUUAUUGGUAUCCUGGAUUCUACAUCCACACAUGCCCUAAGAUGCGAUACAAGAUGGAUUAUACGCCGCAAUACAUCUUGGAUCCUGAAACGCUGGAAUGGGAUCCUAUGGACAAGCGAGUGAUGAAGUUGCUUGACCAGAAAUCUUACCUGAGUCUUUCCAAGGAAGGAAAGGAAACUUCUCUGGACCAAGUCCAGAUUCGAGAUGGCGUGCAAUCGGCCACAAAAGACGAGGCAGCAGUCGAAUCAGGCGAUGUGAAUGAGGACGAUAAGAGUACGUUUUUGUUUGAUACAGGUAUGCCAGGCGUCAUGACCUUGGAAGAGGUUCGCACGUUGAUUGAGAUGGACCAUCUCAAGCUGCGAAUAGACGGCUCUGGCAUGCUCUUUGAGACGGGUGACCUGGUCGCAUGGCACCGGCAAGACGUAGGAACUAGUGGAUGUUUGAAGGCCGGUAUUGCGGAGCUAAUUGCUGCAUUGGGGCCUGACCUGUUAGAAGGGCUCGUCAUCGACUUCUGGAAUCCUGGUUUCUAA